CUUCAAGUCCAGAAAUAGGCACCGCCCGGCGGCCAGAGAACCGAACGAAGCACCGCCCGGCGGCCAGAGAACCGAACGAAGCACCGCACGGCGGCCAGAGAACCGAACGAAGCACCGCACGGCGGCCAGAGAACCGAACGAAGCACCGCACGGGGGCGCAGUGAAGGAUAGCAGACAUGGACACCACGACUUCCAUCAAGAUGACCACGCUGGCCAUCCAGAACCUCUUCAGUUAUGUGGAGGAGGAGAACCUGUCAGCUCUGAAAGCUCACCUGGACCGCUUCAAGGAGGUGGAUGGACGCAGUGACAAUGGUCAGACUCCUCUGAUGCUGGCGGCGGAGCAGGGCAGCCUGGAGAUCGUCCAGGAGCUGAUCAGGAGAGGAGCCAAUGUCAACCUGGACGACGUGGACUGCUGGUCGGCUCUGAUCUCCGCAGCUAAAGAAGGUCAUGUUGAAGUGGUGACAGAGUUUCUGGAGAACAGUGCCUACAUCGAGCACAGAGACAUGGGAGGCUGGACGGCGCUGAUGUGGGCGGCAUACAAAGGUCGUGUUGAGGUCACCAAGGUGCUGCUGGAACAUGGAGCGAACCCCAACACCACUGGACAGCAAUACAGCGUGUAUCCCAUCAUCUGGGCGGCAGGACGAGGACACACUGACAUUGUCAAGCUGCUGCUGAACAGUGGAGCCAAAGUUAACUGCUCUGAUAAGUAUGGGACCACCCCCCUGAUCUGGGCCGCCAGGAAAGGACAUUUCGACUGUGUGAUGCACCUGCUGGAGAACGGAGCUGACGUUGACCAAGAGGGGGCGAAUUCCAUGACGGCUUUGAUCGUGGCGGUAAGGGGGGGCUACACUGACGUGGUGAAGGAGCUGUUGAAGAGGAACCCCAACGUCAACAUGACCGACAAAGACGGCAACACAGCGCUGAUGAUCGCCGCCAAGGAGGGCUACACCGAGAUCGUGCAGGACCUGCUGGACGCAGGCACCUAUGUUAACAUUCCUGACCGGAGCGGUGACACGGUGCUGAUCGGAGCGGUGAGGGGGGGUCACGUAGAGAUUGUCAGAGCUCUUCUUCAUAAAUACGCCGACAUUGACAUCAGGGGACAGGAGAAUAAGACGGCAGUAUAUUGGGCGGUGGAGAAGGGAAAUGCCACCAUGGUCAGAGACAUCCUGCAGUGUAACCCCGACACUGAGACCUGCACAAAGGAUGGAGAGACUCCUCUGAUUAAAGCCACCAAGAUGAGGAACAUUGAAAUCGUGGAGCUGCUGCUUGAUAAAGGAGCCAAAGUUUCAGCUGUUGAUAAGAAAGGAGACACGCCCCUUCACAUUGCCAUCCGUGGGAGGAGUCGCCGCCUGGCAGAGCUCCUCCUCCGAAACCCCAAGGAUGGCCGCCUGCUGUACCGGCCCAACAAGGCUGGAGAGACACCAUACAACAUCGACUGCAGCCACCAGAAGAGCAUCCUGACGCAAAUCUUUGGAGCGCGCCACCUGUCCCCCACAGAGACAGACGGAGACAUGCUGGGUUACGACCUGUACAGCAGUGCGCUGGCUGACAUCCUGAGCGAGCCCACCAUGCAGCCUCCCAUCUGUGUGGGUUUGUACGCCCAGUGGGGGAGCGGGAAGUCCUUCCUGCUGAAGAAACUGGAGGAUGAGAUGAAGACAUUCGCCGGCCAGCAGAUCGAGCCCUUGUUCCAGUUCUCCUGGUUGGUGGUCAUUCUCUCAGUGCUGCUCUGCAGUUCCGUCGCUGUGGUUCUUGGCUUCACUGUCGAUCCAAAGCUGGCGUUGGCCGUCUCUCUCAGCCUGCUGGCGCUGCUCUACGUCUUCUUUGUGGUGGUGUACUUUGGCGGCCGCCAGGAGGGAGAGAGCUGGGCAUGGGCGUGGCUCCUCAGCACGCGUCUGGCUCGUCACAUCGGGUACCUGGAGCUCCUGCUGAAGCUGAUGUUUGUAAACCCGCCAGAGUUACCAGAGCAGAGUACCAGAGCACUGCCCGUCAGGUUUCUGUUCACAGAUUACAACCGCCUGUCCAGCGUCGGCGGCGAGACAUCGAUGGCCGAGAUGAUUGCUACGCUGUCAGACUCGUGCGAGAGAGAGUUUGGUUUCCUGGCAGCGCGUCUGUUUAGGGUCUUCAAGAUGGAUGAAAGUCAAGGUAACACAAAGUGGAAGAAGACGUGCUGUGUGCCGUCCUUCGUCAUCUUCACCUUCAUGCUUUCCUGCCUGGUCACCGGCAUGGUGCUGCUGGCCGUCUUCAAGGUGGACAGUGAGAACCGCACGGUGAACGCCGUGUUGAUCGCCAUCGCCAGCAUGGUGGGCCUGGCGCUGUUGCUGAACUGCCGUACGUGGUGGCAGGUCACCGACUCAGUGCUGAAGUCACAGAGGAAGAGGCUCCACAGCGCUGCCAACAAGAUGCACAAGCUGAAGAGCGAGGGCUUCAUGAAGGUCCUAAAGAAUGAGGUGGAGCUGAUGGCAAGAAUGGCAAAGACCAUUGAUGGCUUCACGCAGCACCAGACUCGGCUGGCUGUGGUCAUCGACGGCCUAGACUCGUGCGAGCAGGAUAAGGUUCUGCAGAUGCUGGACACGGUCUGGGUGCUGUUCUCCAAAGGCCCGUUCAUCUCCAUCUUUGCAAGUGACCCUCACAUCAUCAUCAAGGCCAUAAACCAGAACCUGAACAGUGUCCUCAGAGACUCCAACAUCAACGGACACGACUACAUGAGGAACAUCGUCCACCUGCCCGUCUUCCUCAACAGCCGCGGACUCUCCAGAGCCAAGAAGAUGUGUGCCGUUGUGCCACCCAGCAAUGAUGUCAUCAACGCUGAUGGUUGGCACGAGGAGCUGGAUAGAAAGUUGUCUCAGCACAGUUUAGGAGAACUGGCCAAGUUUGGCAGCAAGACCACGCUAAGCCGCCGGGACACCUACCGGCGACGGCAGGUGCACCGCUCCGUCACGCGGCAGAUGUCGUUCGACCUGACGAAGCUGAUGGUGACGGAGGAUUGGUUCAGCGACAUCAGCCCGCAGACGAUGAGGAGGCUGCUGAACAUCGUCUCUGUCACAGGUCGUCUGCUGCGAGCCAAUCAAAUCAGCUUUAACUGGGACCGCCUGGCGUCCUGGAUCAACCUGACAGAACAAUGGCCCUACAGGACGUCCUGGCUCAUCCUGUACCUGGAGGAGACAGACGGCAUUCCUGACCAGGCCACCCUCAAGACCAUCUAUGAGAGGGUGUCGAAGAACAUCCCCACCACCAAGGACGUGGAACCACUGCUGGAGAUUGAUGGAGACAUUCGCAGCUUUGAGGUCUUCCUGUCGUCACGGACACCCGUCCUGACAGCCAGAGACAUCCGGACCUUCCUGCCCUGCACAGUCAACCUGGACCCCAAACUGAGGGAGAUCAUCGCAGACAUUCGAGCCGCUCGUGAACAGAUGAAUAUGGGCGUGGCUAACUAUCCUAUGCUGCCGAUGCAGGAGGUGCAGCCACGCCCCACCUCCAUCUACAGCCAGGUAUCGUCAGCGUGCUCACCCUCCGCCUCCUUCAGUGGGCCGUUCAACCCGCCAGGAGGGGGUGUGGUCUCUCCUCAGCCCCACAGCUGCUAUUACAGUGGGCUCACUGGACCGCAGCACCCCUUCUACAACAGAUAUAAGCUCUCAUCUUUUAAAAAAAAACAGGGCUCCGCCUCUGUGGUGUCAGCGGCUCCACCUGUCCUCCUCAGCUCCAUGACCACAGAGGCCGUGUGCGAGCGCGUGCAGCACAUUGAUGGCAUUGACCAGAGUAUGCUGGCACAGUACGCCGCCACCAUCAGGAUGGCCAACGUCAACGGCCGCGUGCUGUCGCAGUGCAACAUCGACGAGCUGAAGAAAGAGAUGAACAUGAACUUUGGAGACUGGCAGCUCUUCAGAGCCACAGUUCUGGACAUGCGCCUUGUGGAGAGCCAGGUGCUGCGUGAGGAAGCUGCCAGUGAGCAAGGCAGUGUGGUGGGUCCUCCCAGCGAGGCAGGAAAACGUGCCAUGGCUCCGCCUCACGUUGGUGCCACCAACGCCGAUGCGUCACCGAUGUACAGCUUCAACCUGAGCUUCGAGGAGCUGAGCACUUUGGGCCUGGACGAGGCGCAGCGCCAUGGGAACCUGCAGUGGACGGGUGGCGCUCACCGCACAGCGAGUAUGACCAGUCUGAACUCGCAGGAGUCAUCUAACGACAUCUCUAAGUUAACCGACAAGCAGCAGGCCGAGUACCGGAAUGCCUACCAGGAGUACAUCGCACAGAUGGCCCAGCUGGAGAUGGGCGGUGGCGCUGGAGAGAAACCCAUCCAGCCUCACCCCGGUCAGUUCAUGACGUCAUCAUCCGACGACAAACGCAAAGAAGGCAGUGAGCAAGACUCACGGAAAUCCUUUACAAAGAGGAACAGCACCAAACCGGUGGCAGAAAACACCGACCUCACAGCAAAUGCCGAUGGCUUGGAUCCCAUCACUGAGGAGGACGAGAAGGGUGACCACAGCUCGUCCAAGUCUCUGCUGACCCGUAAGACCUCUGCAGAAAGGGGCGGGCUGUUCCAGGGUGCCACUGAGCUGAAACUGAAGGCCGGCACCAGGCUUCAUUACCAGAAACUGACGAGCGACGACGAGGAGUCGGAGGAGUCGGAUAACGCCUCGCUGCUCAGAGAUGGAAAGAAGCCGGUGGAUCCCAAACCGCCAGGCGGCUCGUUGGCCCUGAAGGGGAAGGACUACCUGUCUGACGCCAUGCUGGACAAGAAGGACUCGUCCGACUCGGGGGUGCGGUCCAACGAGAGCUCACCCAACCACUCGCUGCAGGACGAAGAGGCUGACCUGUCGCAGCUGGACGAGGAGAGCCAGGCGAGGAAGAGGGGCCUUCCCAGCAGCCUCAGCGGCCUCCAAGACGCCGCCGUGGCCCGCAUGUCCAUCUGCUCUGAGGACCAGUGCAGCCUGCUGGCCAGCAGCCCUGAGGACAGCUGGCCCUCGUCCCGCACCUUCAACCUGAACCGCACUCCGAGCAACAUCACGCUCAACAACAACACCAACACCCAACAAAGCAACCGCCAGCGGCAGCCGGGACACGGCCCCGCCUCCACUGCAAACCACGCCUCCUCCACUGCCCCCGACAUCAUCGUUCCCCAGAGCGUCACUGGCACCACCUCCAGGCCAGGACCCAACAACGAGAACGUCCGUGUGGUUCACCUGAAGCGGGGGCUGAAGCCUGGAGACCCGCCGGAGAUCUGCACCGUGUCAUCUGACACUGUGACCUUCGGGGAGGAACGCGAGAGCAUCCUGUGACCUCUUUAUGGACAGAGCACUGAACGUCCACCAGGAGGCACUCUUCUUCCAGUGUUUUAUAGCGCAUGAUGUGGAAGCGGCGCCUCCUGCUGGAUGCAUCAUUUAGUUGUUUGUGUCGUAUUUAUGAUGUGAAAUCGUGAUAAUAACAAAACUGUUUUUUCGGUUUCUCCCCUCUGGGAACAAAAGCAUUUAGUCACUUUUUUGCUCAGCAGGGCGGAGCCAAACAAAAACCAGCGGCAUGAUGUUCUGAAUUUGAGACCUGAUGAGAUGACUGAUCAAUAUGGUUCAUCGAAGUUUAGCCAAGAAUCACAAUUUCAGAUUUAAUAGAUUAAAGACUUUCUUUUUCCGUUAAUUGAUUAACUGAUUGCUUGAUUCAUUCAUUCAUAGGAAGUGUUUGGAGGCAUGGCAAAAAUGAGCUGCUGUCAAUCAAACACAAGUCAUUUUGUCCCGCCCACAUCCAAAUAGUAACAGGAAGAGGAAACAGGAAGUG